AGUAACUAGAGCAGUACGUACGUUUUCUUGCUAUUCUAUGAGGUUAGGCUUCUUACCUUAGCGUAAUUUCAUUCUAUGCUUAACGCAGAGUACAAAGUUAUUAGAUGAAUACCGUUAGUUCAAGUCCAUCAGAACAGGCAUAUGCUUGUGAAGUUGGGAAGACCGAGAACAUGGCUUCAACGAACGAACUGUGUGACCUUCCUUUGGUACAAUCAAACAAGGUUGAAGCAGAGUCCGGCCGUCUUGGAGCGAAGCUGAAAAUGGAAGGAUUAGAAUCAUUGACAAACAAUAGUCAGUGUUUUGCUGUGCUGAAUUACGAGCAGGUCAGUCGUUUACAUAAAAUUAUGGAUAAAGUAGUGCCAAUUCAUGGACGAGGGAAUUUUCCAACUUUAGAAGUUAAACUUAAAGAUCUUGUGCAAGUGGUACAGGGAAAACUAGAGAAGGAUUCAGUGCCCGUGAAGGACAUUAGACUAAACGGUGGAGCUGCAAGUCACGUUUUAACGUCAGAAAACUCGCCGUAUAACGAUCUCGACUUAAUUUUUCAUGUCGAUCUAUCAAACCAGCGAAGUUUCGACAAAGUAAAGGCAGCAGUGCUAGAUUCCUUGCUUGAUUUUCUACCGGAAGGGGUCAGCAAGAACAGAAUAAGCAGUUGCAGUUUGAAGGAAGCUUACGUUAACAAGAUGGUUAAAGUUAUAGAAGGAGACCGCUGGAGUUUGAUUUCACUCAGUAACAACCGUGGACGAAAUGUGGAACUCAAGUUUGUAGACGUUAUGAAACGGAAGUUCGAGUUUAGCGUGGACUCCUUCCAGAUUAUCUUGGACUCCCUCCUGCUAUUUUAUGAGUGUGCGGAGGUUUCUAUGGAUGAGAACUUUUACCCCACUGUUGUUGGUGAAAGUGUAUACGGUGACUUCCAGGAGGCGCUGUAUCAUCUCAACAAGAAGUUGAUCGCUACUAGGAACCCAGAAGAGAUCCGAGGUGGCGGACUUCUGAAGUAUUGUAACCUGCUUGUGCGUGAUUAUGAACCUGUGAAUCCUGAAGACAUCAAAACACUAGAGCGUUAUAUGUGCUCCCGUUUCUUCAUUGACUUCAGUGACGUCAUUCAGCAACAAGCCAAGCUGGAAAGUUAUCUAGCGAACCACUUCAUAGGAGAUAGCCAAAGUAAGUACGAAUAUCUAAUGAUUCUUCACAGAGUGGUGGAUGAAAGUACGGUCUGUCUCAUGGGCCACGAACGGCGACAAACCCUCACUUUGAUUGAAGAAUUAGCUUAUCAAGUGUAUUUCCAAGAACAAUUCCAUCUGUUCGCAAAGAAUCGCCAUCUUCAUCCAUACGAGUCAUGGUCAGCGGGCCAACAAUUUCCAUUUGGCCACGGCUUCUUCUACACUCCGUAUGUGGCUCCACAGCCGAUGGGUUAUUCGUCUUGCCCUUGUGGAGGCUGGAUGCCAUGCACAUGACUUGGCAUGGAAAGUUCCGAAUGUUAAAGAAGGCUAGAAUGGAUAUUUUUAUUUUUCUUGAUUGAACAGAAGUUGACAGUUCAAAGUUAUUUAACGUGUACGAGGUCGAUUGGCAUUAUUAAUGUGGUAUAGGUUUUAACCCUCACUGAAACAAAAAAUCUUUAUUCUGGAUUACGCCAGUUAAAUUCCUUUGUUAUUCCAUUUAUUGUACUACAGUCUGUAGUUACUAAAGAAGAAUAAGAAAAAGAUUGAGUAAGAAGUAUUGUCAGGUUAAAACAAACAAAAAAAAUCCGAAAAUUUAUCGUAAAUGUUUGAACUUUCCAUUCACUUCUAUGUGAACUUAAACCUUAAGGUAUAGACAGUGUGUCUUAGCUAACCGUUUUUAGAUAAAGUGCUUCGAUGGGUAAAUAUAUUGUUGCAGAAAUCGUAACAGUUAAUGAAUUUGAAGAACUGUACUUGAUUGUGCUGUACCAUGAUAUUUAGAGGAAUGCGACAGUUUUUGUCUUAUUUUUGUGGUAAUUUCAGGUAAGCAACCAGUGUUAGUGUUUUAGAUGUCUUCGAAGGUGGCGUAAGAAUGUUUUUAGAUUUAGAGCUUAUGUGUUGAGGAUGUUCUUGCCCAUUUUGUUGUUAAUUCAUAAAUACUACUGUUUUUUUUUCUCGUGCAUGCAAUGAAUUGAAGAAAAUGCUACAUUCAAGUAAUUAAAAAUUGAUAUAUGCAUAGUUUCUGUGUUCACAUUUGAAGUUGUAUACUGUGCUUUGUUGGGUUGGGGUUAUCGGAUACAGAAAUGUUUUAGGAUAAAAUACUGAAAACACCCAAUGAAAUAAAUGUUAUUAAACCGUAUAUAUAUAUUUAAGAGAAAAUUAACGUUAACUUAGUUGCCUCACUUGGUAGAAGUAAUCGAACAAUACCAAGCCUUACCAAAGUAGAUAUUUGCGUACAUUCACUGCCUAUUAAAAUAUUUUUGUGUAAACCACGUUUCAGUCGUGUAAGUGUUAAGCCUAAAUGUCUCGACACAGGUAUUUGAAUGUUUUUAAGGAAAGUUUUUUGUUUUUUUUAGCUAGUUUUCGUGUGGGGUGAGUUUAGUAAACUUUCAAAACAUUGUGUGAGUGUGUGCGUGUGUAUAUAUAUAUGCAUGCAUGCGCAGUAAAAUAAAUUUUCAAAGCGAAAUAUGCAAAUUUUCUUCCUUGUGCGUAAUUUCUACAUUGUACUUGUAGUUUUAAUAACUUUAAAUAAAGCUGUCAGUGUCAAGGGUAUGCCAUCUUUGAGAAUGUACAUAGUGAUGAAAAGUUCUGUAAAGAAUUAAAGCUGUAUAUGUAGCUUUUGGUGCACGUUUUUCCUAAAGAGGAAGUAAUAAAUUGAUAAUUAUAAACAAUAUAAGUAAUUCUCUAUUCAAUUCUUACUCUUAAGUUUUUAAUGUGAUAUCCCGUAUGAUUGAUCAUGAUAAUUAGUUUAUAAGCGAGCUAAUAUUUUUGUUGUUGUUCAAACCCCCCAGAGAUAUUAAUUAUGCUCCUGCGACCUCUAGCAGUAUUUAGUACAUUUUGUAUUCUGGAAUUUAAAGUAAUGUAAUAUCUGCAUUAUUAUGAAUACAUGUAAAUGUUCAUUUGAUAAUAACUAAAAAUUCUACAAUUAACAAAGAAUGUUAUGUGCGAAUGUCAUUGGAUUUAUAAUUACAAUUGAAACCUUUGAUAAUUAAUUGUUGCUCCUACGAGCCAUGUUUGCUGCUUCCGUUGAAACCGAUAUUAAUGUGUAAGAAAGUAGCUACUUCCAUAUACUUAAAACUAUAUAAUCGAAAAAUAGAAUUAAAAUUUAAUUCACACUCAAUGUUAAAUGUUGUAUAUUUGUUUUUAGUAUCUAAAUAGUACAAAAAUGAGACUUUUUAAGCAUUUUCUUGAAAAUAGUUUAACUUGGGAGCCUAAUUUUCGGCAACCGACACACAAAAUAUGGAAAAAUUACAGAAUGAUAAAUAUUGUUACAAUGACAAUCUAAUGUUUCGAAGUGCGAAAAUAUUGUUUAAUAAUUUUUAAUAUGUUUGGUGUAACUUGGCUUAGGUAUAUGACACGCGUUUUUUACCUCAUGGCUGAGCAGCAGUGCACCUGCACUUGUAGGGCUUGGUAAGAGCAUGUACGUUGUUGUAUUAAUUUAUAACCCGCACGAGCAUCAAGAACUGCAUGAAAUCUUCUAAAGGUAAGAAAACUGGAAAUAAUUUGGCCCUUUUUAAGAUUUUUAAUUGUUGACAUACACGUGGAUUGAGUUUUUAUUAAAAACAGUAUUUAUUUAACAAUAACUUAUUUAGUUGAUAUACCUGUUUUUUUUUUGGAUCUCGGCUUUGUGGUGACUAAUAUUACUUCUUGUUACGUAAUUCGAGUUUACGGGCACGCCACACACUAACAAAGGGUAGUUUACCCAAGCGGAAAGUCAAAAUAAGCUAUUGGGCAAGAAUAUUACAAUCGCAAGCGCCUUGUUAAAUAAAACUAGUGAAAACCAUGCACGUUGGUUUCAUAGGGGAAUUAAAUGCACCGUGCGGUUGUAAGCAGGGGAAACUUAAAGCUACAAGGUGAACCAGUUUUUUUUAAUAGUUAUAAAAAAACAACAACAACCUGAAUCAUGACAUGUAUGAAUUACUAGUGGUUAAGUUUUUGUUUAAAUAAACUCGUGCUCAUCAAAUUCUGAAAUACGACAGUUAAACUAAUUAGAUUUACAGCAGUAAUGUAAAUAUUGGUAGAAAAUAACGUAAUAAAACAUUAAAUUAAGAGUAAAAGAGUCCAAUACAGUUAACGUUAAAUGGGGUAUCAUGAAAGUCUCAAAACACAAUUUAUCAAUACUUGAAAAAUUAAAAGGUCAUUUGAUGGAUGUUCUUCGUGUGAUUGGGGUGGGGUUGUCAUUUUAUCAAAGUGAGAAAAAGAAAUUGAGACAUAAGUUAGUUAAUUAACUGUUAAUAAUUCAUAAAGGUGGGAAUUCUCAAUUUUUGGCCUUGUCUGAAAAUGUAACACCUGACCUCAUUUUUUUUAUGAAUGUGAACAAUUAAAUGUAAUUUGUUUUUUCUGUUGAUGCACGAACAUGCAGUUUCAGUGCUUGGAUUAACACAUGUACUUCAUUAAUACACGAACUUCAGGCUUAUCUGAUACAAACGUGUAGGAGCAACUGUACUUGAAAUUAGGUGUAAUGUUUACGUUAGUUUAAUGGGUUGAUUUUCAAGUUAUUUUACGUAAUCUAAGGAGUCAAGUACAUGUGAGUUUUGGAGUUAACACCUUUGAUACUGGGUUUCAUUUUAAUUAUUUAUAAAAGAAAAGUAAAAACACGAGUGCGUGUUUAAGGACACAAACCAGUUCAGGUUAUUUUUAUUGUGUACAGGAAAGUAAGCAGAACUAAAUUUAAACAUUUUGGUUGGGAAGCAAUUGACAAAGUUACGAUUAUAAUUAUAAGCAGGAGUGUGAAAAGUCAACAUAUACUUUAUACAGAGUACUUAGAAAAACUGUUGGGUUCGUUAUUUAUGAAGGGGGACUAUGCUUUUGUACUCAAUUUAAGAGAUAAGAUGUACUAUGGUGUAAAAUGAGUUUAGGUACUCUAUAAGUUGAGAUAUAUGACGUUUGAAGUAACUGAGAACAACCUAUAAUUAAGAAGGUUGUUAAAAUGAUGGCUAAAAUCGUUAGCUAUGUGGGAGAGUAACCUUGACAACCGUGACAUAGCAUCGAUCUGUCCAAACACUUGUAGGAUUCCAUUUGUAACUGAAAAUUUGGGAAAUUGUUCAAGUUAUUAAGAGUUUGGUCCGUUAUCUAUCUUUCAGCGAUUUUUUUUUAAUAUCAAUACAGUAACAAUAAAAAUUAUCAAUUAAUUGAGACAAGCGACAUAGUUGGGUUACUUGAGUACAUACCCCUAGUUUUCAAAAAUAGUUAAUUAAACUGUGUAGAUUUGCAUUGCUCCAGUUUUGUGUACGUUUUUUUCCCCCUUGUAUGGCAACUGACUGUUAAGGCUAUAUUCAGUUGAACAAGAGUAUGUAAGGUACACAUUAGAUAUAGCAAUGGAUAAUUUGUACACGUUUAUUGAGAAAAAAAGGGUUAUCGACUAUAUUUUUGUGACUUUGUAGUGUGUUUCAUGUAAAAUAUAUAUAUAUAAUUUGUGCAUUAAAAGUAAUUUUUAAGCUGAGUACUGGAAAAAGCCUAUUUUUAUUUGUUGUCUUAAACUUAGUUGUCUGUGAUCGUGACACUGCAUAUGUUAUUGAAUAAGAUCAAAGAAAGGUGAAUUUUGCUAUCUUGCCGUGAUGUUGGUGUUGUAACAAUUUACAGAAUCAAACUGAUCACGCUUACAAACAAGUAUACAACUGGUUACAAAAUAAAACUGCUUAAUCCUUGUUGUUUUAAAAGAAGCACGUGAACUCCGGAAUCGUUUAAGUAAUUAGAAUACAGAACCGGACAAGUUUGUAAAAAAUGAGAAAAAUAUUAAUAAUUAUUAUAGUUAAAUGAUUUAGAUAAUGCACUGGUGUUGUUGAGCUAAAAUAUCUUUUAAAAAAAACCUAAGAGAAGAACUCCCUGUAUUAGAUCCUGAUGGUCAUUUUGGUUGAAAUAUUGGCUACGUUCUCUCCCUCAUGCGGCUGUUUUACUGAAGUUCAGAUUUAGCACCCCUGUAAGUGUACGUCAAAUUAAUAUGGAAAUGAAAGCACAAAAAAAAAUCGUGGUUUAAAGAUUCGAUAUUUUUCUUUUAACAGAGUUCGUCUUAAGAGAAAAAGCAUAAACCAGAAAUAUAGGGUUAACUGUGUGAGAAUUUCGCGGAAGUAAGUGAAGUAGAAACUAUGUGCACCAACGUGUACGCUUGACCAGUUUCCCAGAAUUAUUCGCAGAUUUCUAGUCUAGAUUUUUGGUACAAGCAUUAUUUUGCCACCCACUCCUUUAAAGUUUUACCUUAUUUGGCACCGUUAUGGCAUAAAGGUAAAAUAACGUAAGAAAUGUUCCACCUAGACUUGUAGCAUGCAUCACUUCCCAUACCGUGUUUUUGUUCACUAUUCUUGCCGUUAGGUUUAUAUUCAUUUUACUGAACGUGGUACAUGUACUUCUUUGAUGUCAAAUUUAGUAGUAGAAACAAAAAAACGUCAGCUUAAUAGCGAUAGUGUAUGAAAGUACGUGUUUGUUGGCAUUUGUACCACGCAGAGAUAUAUAGAUUUCAAACAUCAGGGUGGUACUGCUUUAGUACAGUAAGUCUCUGCGGUUUGUCAUCAAAACGGGUUCUCAGAACUUCACAAAAUAUAUUUCGUACAUUGCUUGAAGACCUCCAGCAAGUAUAUUGUUUCUAAGUUAGCUGUUGUAUGAAGACGAAGUUGGCAAGUCUUAAAAGCCUGUCAGAAAGUUCACUUUUAUGUGAACAAGCCAUUAACAAAUAGAGCACUAAAAAUACUAACUUUUCUUAUGAUUUCUGGUUUAGCUUUCUGCCGUAAGUACUUAUGUAAUAGUAGCACUCAUCUGACAGACAAUUAUUCAGAAAUGCUGUUUUCAUAACUCGCCGUUACCUUGUAUUUUAAAUAGUAUAAACCUUCCAAAUUUUGGCAUAACACACAACACAACAAUAUUAUUCUGUUGUAAAAGACAAUCCACAACAAAGGAAUACGUUUACUAGUGGAUUUCUACUUUCUUCCGUGGUGAGUAAAGGACUUUACAUGAGAUCCUACAAAAGGAAUGUAUAUAAUCCAUCUUAAACUACAUACUCAAAAACAGGAUCUGUCACCACAAGAUUAAGUACCAUAAAACCAAAUCCUGCGCAAGUUCCUAAAAUACUUUGCUAAUAAAUGUUCUGUAUUAUUUUGAUGUUUAUUCAAAGCUAUAUUUAUGAAGUUUCCGGUAAUGUAAUCAAAAUUUAUGAUACCUAAGUUAUUGGUAAUUCAAAAUUUAGAUUUCAGUUUCACACUCUUAUUGUGCUUUUUAAACAAUGCGUUGCAAGUAAGCAACAUAAAUGUUGCGUUUGUUAACCAAAUACUUAGUUAAACGUUUCAGUUCUGAAUGGGUAUCGAAAUGUCUAAGAACUGUUUGUUCCAAGCUCUACGUGUUAACCUGCCUUAGUUUUAUUAGUUUAAAAUAUAUUACUGUACAAAAAGCUUAUUUUGGGUUUCCAAGUCUCGGGGAGUAGACAGUUUGUAUUCUUUGGAAUUUCAUGCACAGUUUUCGAUAUCCCACCCUACGAACUUGAAAUUGUCUUAAGGUUUUAAGUGAACUUAUGAGCAUUGUUUAAACUAUCGCCAUUUUGGGAACUUGUUUGAUUACCUUUACAUUCAGUAGAAGAAUAUGGUCAAACAGAACUUACAUUUCAGCUGGUGGGUUAGAAAAUUUUGGAUUUAAAGUUAGAUUAAUCAAGUAGCUUCACCGUAGUGGAAGAACUUGCCAAAUUGUCAGUUUAUUGAGUUGAAGUUGUCAAUUAAGUAAUAAAUUGUCAAGUAUAUGUAAUGGGUUUUAUGAAUGAUGUAGUGUAUAUGCUGGAAGUAAAUGUGUUUGAAUAAACUGUCAAGACCAUAAAAUGGGAAAAUUAAGUUCAGUAAAUAUUUAAAUAUUGUAAUUAAGUAUGAUCGGGAGAUUUUUAUUUAUUUUAUUAAAUAUCGUCUUUAUUUGUCUGGAUUAGAUCACGAGCAACUCUUGUUACAAACAUUUAGGGAAAUAGUACUAAUCACAUUUUAUUUAAGUAAACAAAAAAACUUUUGUUUUACUGUGUUUUCGCUUUUUUUUUUUAAGCGGGUAGGAUAUGUUGAUGUAGUGUCGCUUACUUGUUCUGUAAUAACGUCGUUAAAUAAAGGCAGAAAAACGAGAAUUAACUGAUUGCAUAUUUUAAUUAUUCCGAGGUUUAAACAAGAACUUUUAAUGUAUUCUGUAGGUUUGUCACACUUUUAGAUCAGAUGGAAGUAGUACAAUCAUACUUGGCGUGUACAGGAUCUAAAUAGUUGUAUUGGUAGAACGGGAUCGGCAAAUUUGGCUCAAAGUUGAACAGUAUUUGAAUCACUGUAAAAGAUUACUCUUGUAACAGUUCUAAUUUUUAACCUUUUUUUUUUUCGUCUGAAAUAUUUAUCAUUUAAGGGUUAAAGGUUUUAUUCUGAAUACCUUAUAUUUAUGCUUGUAAUUUAGUCAUGACAUUUUUCACAUCUUAACCGAGUUCCUCGACAUAUAUCAAAGUUCAAAAUGUGUGCCCAACUAACUAUUCAUCCAUUUUCAAGUACAAAGCUGUUUAACAAGUGUCUUGUCAAGUGUUUUCUGAUCUAUUGCACUAUGAAAAACAGAAAAUUUCUGUGUUUCAACAUUGUGUAUUGUGAAAGUUUUCUGAAUUUUUCAUUUUUAAAUUUUGGUAACUACUUUUUUCUUUUUUUGCCAGUAUAUAGACUUUCAUCAAACUUAUCAAAAUGUAAAUACGUACGUAUAUAUAUAUAUAAAUAUAUAUGUGUGUGUGUGUGUGUGUAUUUGAAAAUCUGAACAAGUAGUUUGGUUCCGGGAAAAAAUUGGUGUAAAUUGUAUGGUACGGUUUUCGCUUAAAUCAAGUUAAAAAUAAAUUGAUUUCAAUUAUAUGACAGUGAAUAUGUAUUAUUAUCUUGCUGAAAAUAAUAAAGUGAAUUAUUUUGCGGAUA